AUCAAAUGGAUCGAACCCUAUCGAUCAAAAGGCAAAUACGUAAACAACAAAUGACGUAAUAUCGAAGCAGUUCAUCAGCCCUGAAGACAAUUCAUCGGACAUAAUCGUUCCAAGAAUCUAGGAAUGGAUAAAAAAAACUCUCAUAGAAGAUGAAUUCGAAUGGGCAGCCAAGAAAAAGAGAGACGACAGACGCGCAUGCAGAUGUUUCGCGCCACCCUGAAACCGAUGAGGCUGAGGCAAGUGCACAGAGAUGCACACAAGUGUCGGAGGAUCUUCUCCUCCUUCUUCUCCUCCUCCUCUUCUUUUCUGUUCCGUGUACCUCGAGGGGAACGAAGCACAGCCACGCGAGUGGGCGGCGCGUACCCUUCUCGAAAGCUUCUUCCCUUGCUGUUUAAACAGGGGUAGAGGGGAUUUUCUGUAUCGUUUGGAAGAACAUUACGAUGUCUUGUCUUAGUUGAUAGUCGUCGAGAAGACGCGGGAACGAAUGUAUGCGAUCGAGAUAUAUCUAGGGUCAGUUCUGAGCAACGUGUCUAGCCAUUUAUUCGGCCACCCUGCAUCCACUUCGUUUUUCCUCGCGCGAUCUUGAUCGCGCAAGUACACGUGACGCGUGGACCUUGAUAAGUGAUAAGCUUAUCAUAUUGAAAGAGUUAUUGAGAAUCUGUCGAAGAGAAGAGAUUUUCUGCGACUCAGUGCUUGUGGAGUUUAUUUGGGCAGCUUAAAAAUUGAAUUUUGUAAGUGGACAGUGAAGAAUCAGUUAGGUGGAUGUUGAUGUUGCUGCAAUAUGGUGAUUUUAUCAAUUGCACCAAGAUGCAUCUUGAAGAUUAUCACGUGAGUAGAAACGAGGAGGACGUGCAACGAACAAUUUCCAAAAAUAUCAAACAAGAAGACUUCAACACUUUACACUUAGCACCUAUCACCUCCAUAAACACAAAUAAUCAACAACCCUGUUGGAUCACUUCUCACGCAGAGAACAUUUCAUCUCCUAUUCUACCUAAUAAUUCCAGUCCUAAAGAAUAUACAGAUUGGGAUCAGCUCACGACCGUUUUCCAAUAUCCCUGUCAGCCAUAUUCAUCUACAGACAGAUCACCAGAAAGUACCAGUAACGAAGCCACUACACCAACGUGGAAUAACAUCAUUCAUAAUGAAAUAUCAGACUGUUCCAAUGGACAAAAACUACCCUCGGUUAGUUCUGCAUUUUCUUUCUCAAGAACCUUCUGCAACACCGUUUAUCCAGAAUAUCAAGGUUAUCAAGAUUAUCAGGAAUACCAGGAUGACGUAUCAGUGUCUUUACCGCUUAUUCUUCACAAUCAAACUGAAGAUCAAGGACUCAGUGGAUCCAUGCAAGCAAUUACAGAUGAAUUUGAUCUUAGUUUAAUUAGGGGUGAUCCUACAUCACUCUUGUGUACCAAUGUAGAGUCUCCUUCUUCACCCUCAUCUAUGUAUUUAGAAGAACUUCAAGAUCCAUUUUCUAAUUUGAAUGGAUCUUGUUACGCGGUUGGACAUUUGGUUUCUGGACAACAGGCCUCGGUUUCCACGAUGAAUUUUGUUAAUGAUACUGGAUUGAAUGAUGGAUUUGGAAAUCAAAUUGUUUUGCCUAGAAACGAAGGCUUAUUAUUGACUGAUAGGAGAGUGCCAGUGUCCAAGACCUCCCAAGAUAUGGAGAAACGAAACAAAUCUUUCGACAGUUCAACAACCGACGAAAAUUUGACGUCGACGUAUCAAUGUCGAUGGAUAGAUUGCGGUUGCGCUUUUGCCGAACAAGAAGGACUAGUUCGUCAUAUUGAGAGAAGGCACGUAGAAUCUUCGUCAUCGAAUUCUCAUGGACAUGGGAGACGAGUCCAAAGGGAUAGGGACAAGGAUAAAGAUAAAGAAGGAGAAACUUACACGGGUUCCGGAAGUGGACAGGAUGAAUUUGCUUGUUUAUGGCAAGGAUGUCCUCGUGCUCGACCUUUUAAUGCGAGAUACAAGCUGUUGAUUCAUAUGAGGGUUCAUAGUGGAGAAAAACCGAAUAAAUGUCCGUUCACUGGGUGCAAGAAGGCAUUUUCACGAUUAGAAAAUCUAAAAAUUCAUCAAAGAUCUCAUACGGGAGAAAGACCAUAUGCUUGUCAGCAUCGUGGUUGUUCCAAAGCAUUUAGUAAUAGUAGUGAUCGUGCGAAACAUCAGAGAACUCAUUAUGAUACGAAACCAUAUGCGUGUCAAGUAACCGGAUGUGGAAAAAGGUAUACAGAUCCGUCCAGUUUGAGAAAACAUGUGAAGAAUCAUUCAGAGCCACCGAUUUCAUUGUCUAAUCCUUCGUUAACGCCAGAUAGUAAAAAUUCUGGUAAUAUAAUUAGUAAUAAUAACUUACGGCACGAUUCAAUUACGAGUUCAAAGCAGCAACAGCAACAGAUCGGCUAUACAGAAGAAUCGAAUUAUCGAACGUAUAAGACUUCGGAGUCUUAUGCGGACGAGGACGUGGAUCUGUUCCAGACGAAUCUGUGUCAGGUCGAUAGGAUUUCCAUGAACCUUGACAGCAAUCAAGAAUAUAUUCCUAUCGAUUCUGUGAAACGCUUUCUCAUCGACGACGUCAAUGGAUCGCACGUGGAUGGUACAGGAUACCAGGUCGAGGAUGAAGUUCCUGACUUUCAAGAGCUUGGUUCAGAUAUUGAACAGCAGUUUUUCGAAUUAAGUAAUCUGGAUGAUGCGGUUUUCAUCGAUGGCUAAGGAAAAUGUUUAGAAGAAAGAGAUUCGAGAUGUCUUCAUGGUGAAUGCCAAUAUUUCCAAAGACUUUUUCCAUUUUUUUUUGUACUCGAUUUUUAUACGCUGAUUCGAUUACUUGAUAGAUAUAUUUUUGUACAUAGACAAUUGUAUAUAUUAUAAUUAAAUAUAUGAUUUUGAUUAUUA